AUGUCCAAAGUCUUCGAGAAAUAUACCACCGGCCCGGAGAGCCCGGACGUCCAUAGCAAAUAUCAGCCAACAGACGAAGUGGUCUUUCGGAGUCCGUUUGGGCCAUUCCCCAAGGUUGACCCGGAUCUGAAUUUGCAUGACUUCUUCUUCCCUCCAGAGAACCCCAUUGACCAGGCAGACCAUGAUCUGUUCAUAGAUGGGCAUACAGGCACCACGGUGUCACUGUAUCAGUUCUACGAUAGUGUAGUAUCCCUGUCGAGAGCCCUGCGGCAUGACGGGCCUAAUCCGGUAGGACUGAGGCAGUCACCGGUGGAUGAUAAUGGCAGCGGUGAGAUCAUAGGCAUACUAUCAAGGAACCACCUUUCAUGGCCGCUGCUGGUGCAUGCAUGCUUCCGGUCAGAGCUUGUUUUUGGUAGCAUCAGUCCCAACUCAACACCCUAUGAACUAUACCAUGUCAUGCGCAAGAUGCAGGUCACUUCAAUGGCCGUUCAUGAAUCUCUGCUUCCUUUGCUGAUGGAGACUGUCCAGAGUGGCCCGCAGGCAGGCAAUGACAGCUCACUUCCAUUUGUAUUUGACGCCAGGAAGAUAAUAGUCAUAUCAGAUGACCUCACGCUGGACACAGUGCAGGGCUAUCCCACAGUUCAGUCGUUAAUUCGACUUGGCUCAAAGACACCAGAAAAGCCGUGGAAGCGCUCAGGGGGUAACCGACUGUGCUAUCUCCUCCAGUCAUCAGGGACAUCUGGAUUUCCCAAGGCUAUGAUGAUAUCGCAUAGAAAUGCCAUACACACCACCAUCCAGGGAAUGAUAACCGCGACGCGGACUGCGGAUUUUUUGAAUAUGCAACCACAGCCAUCUGUGGUCCUGGGUAUAAUCCCCGCAUAUCACUCAUACGGCCUGACGAUGUACAGUCUUCGCGUGAACGUGAUGCGGAGUACAAAUGUAUUGAUGUCCAAAUGGGACCUGGAGACCGCCUUGAGGCUUAUAGAAAAGCACAAGGUCACCACUCUCCCGCUUGUGCCACCGCUUGUCCGACAGAUCGCUCUCUCACCUCUUACGGAGAAGUAUGACCUCUCAUCCGUCACCUUUGCCGCCAGCGCAGCCGCCUACCUACCGCCAGACGUAGCUCACGCGCUAGGCAAGAAACUACCGCAAAAGGCCCCUGUCCAAUCUGGCUAUGGACUGUCAGAGGCCCUGUCUGUCGCCCAGCCGAUGGCCGAGGGUCUCUUUGGGAUAUCGCGCUCCCAGCCUGGGACUAUCGGACACCUAAUGCCGGGCAUUGAAGCCAAACUGGUAGAUCCGGAUACGCUCAAGCCCGUACCCAAGGGAACCAAGGGCGAGCUCUGGGUCCGGGCUCCCGUCGUCACUCCGGGCUACUUCAAGGACCGGAAAGCAACUGCGAGCCUGUUCGCGGAGCCCGGCUGGCUGAGAACGGGCGACUUGAUGAUGCGAGACGCAGAGGACCGGCUUCAUUUCCUUGACCGACUGAAGGAGAUGAUCAAGGUGAAGGGCAUGCAAGUUGCGGCCACGGAGGUGGAGGACACGCUGCUGUCUCAUCCGGACAAGCUGGUGCGAGAUGCGUGUGUUGCUGGCGUCGACAACGGCCGCGGAGACGGCGGCCUCUUCCCUCGAGCCUGGGUGGUGCUAUCCGAAGAAGGCAGACGACGAGAUCCGAUCCAGGUCAUGGUGCAACUCGACGAGUUUGUCAAGUGCCGGCUAUCCAAGUACAAGCAUCUUGCCGGUGGUAUCGAGAUAGUCGACCAGAUACCACGAACACCCUCGGGCAAGAUGCUGCGCAGAGAGAUGCGAGACAGGUACCACUCCCAGCAAAGAGACCGGCAGGACAAGGCAAGGCUCUAG